GCUUUAUUAACUGACCUCUUGUGGAAUAAAAUGAGUCAUCAAGUGCAGCAGUUAAAAAGCAAGGAGGAGCACAAAGAGGAAAUGUUGAAGGAAUCAUAUUACUGAUAGAAGUUUCCAGCCUAUUCUGGAACAGUAUGCAGUAUUGUCUGCUUCCAAGAACGGAGAGUUGUAACAUACUAAUUCAUGCUGCAAAAUUUUGUGGUCCUUCUGGGAAGAAUUUGUAUUGAUUGCCAGAAUUUAUAAAAUCUGAAGAUUCAGGGGAACGUUAUUACUGACUCCAUAUUCCCUACAAAGAAGCCUGGAAUACAACAUGGAAACAAACGUGGCUGGAAAGGGGAAAAUCAAAGUACGAAUUUCAAAAUCUCUCUCAGCUGGUGAAGAAGUAGCUAUAACUGCUCGGAAGAAAAAAGUGGAAAAAGCACUUGCUAAGCUUGGGAUGCAGUGUGAUUCGGAGAACAUCCCCAGUAUUGCUCUCCUAGGAGCAGGAGGAGCUAUGAGGGCUAUGAUUGCAUUGUAUGGCACUCUAGCAGAACUGAAGAAAUAUAACCUUUUGGAUUGUGUCAUGUACUUGGGUGCGGUGUCAGGUUCUACCUGGUGCUUGCCAACCCUAUAUAAAAAUGAAGAUUGGUCAGAAGAAAUAGAAAAUUUGAGUAAAUGUGAGCUUGAAAAUCUUGUCCAAGGCCAAUGGGAUUUUAAUAAAGCAAUGAAAGCUGUUCUAGAGGCCACAGAAGAUGAAUGUUAUUCUCUCACUGAUUUCUGGUCCUAUUUUCUUGUGCAUAAACUGCUAAGCAAGUUUGAAGAAGAAAAAUUGUCUCAGCAUGCUGGAUCUUGUGAGAGUGGAAAAAAUCCUUAUCCUAUCUAUGCCGCUGUGAACAAGCAAACUUAUGAGAAUCAAAAUGCAGGUACCUGGUUUGAGUUUACCCCUCAUGAGGUUGGAAUUCCUGGACUAGGGGCAUAUGUAGAGAGCAAAUACUUUGGGAGCAUAUUUCAAAAUGGUCAGCUAAUCAGAGAAAAAAGAGAAAAAAAUAUUUGCUAUUUGCAAGGUUUAUGGGGAAGCGCCCUUGGAGGCAAGCAAGAGAUUUCAAAGACUAUAUCAGAUGCUUUAAAAGAUUUUGGAAAAUAUGUAAGAUUGGAGGACCUUAUUUCAAAAGAUUCAGAAACAGACAUUAAAAAAUUAAACAUGCUCUAUGAAUGCUAUCAGAUACUCCUUGACCUGCAGUUAUUGGAAUCUACAGAUAAAGAAGGAUUAGAUAAACUUGAUCACCUAGAAAAUAUCUUGAAAGAUUAUAGUUCUAGCAAAAGCUAUCAGUUGACCAGAGAGAUGCGUGAGACUUGGUAUUCUGCAGAUGAACAGGGGAAAAAGGAAGAGUACAUGACAUUAUUCCAAACUUUGGAUGCUGAUUUUGGAGAUUUUACCAAUGACGUCAAUAAAAUGUACCUUAAAAUGGUGAAAAAAACAUGUUUAUGCCUUUUAAAUUGGUCAUGGGGGAGCAUCAAUAAUUUCCUGUACCAUUGUUCUGAUGUUGAAUUUCCUGAACUCACAAACAAUCCCAUCAUUUCUUUGAUUGAUGCUGGUCUCACUAUAAAUACAGCAUAUCCAUCAGUUCUGUGUCCUGAGAGGCAGGUCAAGUUGAUUCUAUCUUUUGACUUCAGUGCUGGAGAUCCAUUUCUGACAAUUAAAAAAGCUGCUGAAUAUUGUGAAGCACAUGCCAUUCCAUUUCCAAAAGUAGAUGAGAAUGCAUUUCAAGAUCUAGAUACUCCAUCAGAUUGCUAUAUCUUCAGAGGAGAAUGCACACCAACCAUUAUACAUUGUCCAUUAUUCAACAAAAUCAACUGCCCAGGUGAAAUUGCUGAAUAUAGAGAACAAUUCUCUACUUUCAAGUUGAACUAUUCUGCUGAAGAGAUUGAAAAGUUGUUUAUGGCAGCAAAGAAGAAUGUAGCAAAUGUUCAGCAAAAGGUUCUGGAGGAAAUCAAGCACAUUGUAGGCUCUUCUUCAUAAACUACUGAAGCAAAUGUUUCCUAUUAUAAUAAUAUAUUGAUUGAUUGAUGAAAAGCUUGUUCUACAACAGAAAACAUUAUUAAUACCCAGGAAGUGUUAUAUAGUUUUUCUUCUUCCUCUGAAAGAAGUUUAAUUAAUAUCUAUUUGGGAUCAUGCAAGAUUUGUGAUUGCUACUAACAUUAUAAAAAAGUAAAAUUUUACAUUAAUAAUAGUUAAGCUUGGACUUCAGAAUAUCCAGAAAAGUAAAGAAUAGGAAAAAUUAAAGAGAGAGGGCUAUUAUUUUGGGGUAGCAAUGAAGACAUCAGGUGACUGUAUAUUCUAGUCUUGCCUUGGAUAUAAAUCUAGUUAGCCAUUUAGACAACUGCAAGAAGUAAUGAUUAGGAAUUUUAAAAUGACUUGGAGAUACAAGUUUUAUGACUCUUUAUGAAGUACUGCUAAAUAUUCUAGUUUUUAUACAUACACAUACACACAUGUGCAAACACACAUACACACAUAUAGACAUACACAUAAUAUAUAUAAAUAUACACAUAAUAUAUAUCCAUUUUAACAUGUUAGAUGCAUUUACAAUUUAGUCAUAUUUAGAUGUCCAAACUUGUCCUUGGUUUGGGAAAGAUGCACAAUAUAUUUUUUUGUAAACAUAGCAAAUUAGAGGCAACAUUGAUUUGAAGAACUUAUUUUUCUAAUUUCUAUAUCCCUGAAAAUGAUGGGAAAUUUAUUUUAGUUCAGUUGUUUAUGGAAUUACAAUAUGUUCCAGCACCAUAAUUCUUUCAGUUUUUGUAUAUUUGCGAUUGUCAUGAAUAAUUGUUGGAUGUUGCUUAAAUAUCUGUGCACCUAAUCUUUCUUACAAUAAGAAUUAUGUUCAUAUUAAUAUGUAAGAUGUAUGUGAUCAAGAAAUUUGUUGUUAAGAGUGCAGAAUAAGAGGAGCAGAAAAAUAAAGCCAAACAUAUAUUUGAUUACA